AUGUCAUCCACCGCUACGCAGGCCAUGGACAAACUCAUCCAGCGGCACCCGCUCCAGCGCAUCCAUUCGCCGUCGCGCGGAUUCUCGGCGAUCGUGCACCUGGUCGGCCUCGCCAGCUUCGCGUCCAGCUACAAGUACCUCGUCGAAAACCCGAACCACAUCAACCAGGCGUACGGAUGGCACUUUCAGUACCUGACCAUCAUAGGGCUGACGCUGGCGACGGCGACGUUCGCUCUGGGCAUCGCGGCCGACACGACGCUCUCGCGGCGCCUGUUCGCCGCCAAGAACGUGUUGUCCAUGUGCUCGGCGCCCAUGGAGGUCCUGAUCAGCGUGCUGUACUGGGGCCUGAGGGCCGUCGACCCGCGGCUCGUCGUGCCCGAGGACCUCGAGCUGCCCGUCGCCACGGACCUGGGCUUCCACCUCGCCCCAACCGUCCUGCUGCUCCUCGACAUCCUGCUGCUCAGCCCGCCCUGGACCGUCACCGCCGCCCCCGCCGUCGCGCUGAGUGUCGCCAUCGCCUUCGCCUACUGGUUCUGGAUCGAGUGGUGUUACAGCUACAACGGGUUCUACCCGUAUCCGCUGUUCGAAAUGCUCGAACAGACCCAGCGCGUGGGCUUGUUCACCGCCAGCGCGCUCAUCAUGGCCGCCAACACAAUGAUACUCAAGUGGCUGUAUGGAAGGGUGAAUGGGGUCGGGAAGACCGGUGUCUCGGAGAGGCCCGGCAGGGUCAACUAA